AUGCCUCGUCCCGCAGUCCAUAUUGGCCCGAAGACAUUAGUCGAGUCUGCUGCGCCUAGGCUUGAACUAGGCCCAUACCACACGACAUCAAGCGCCUUACACAAUCUCGAGUUCAAGGGGGAUCUUCGCCCAUGGCCAGGCUUUUUGAGUGUCGUACAGAGUAUGUACGAAAGCUACGCCUGGCGGAAUGAGUGCCUAGGCCUAAGCCUCCGUACUAGGGACCCCUACACAUAUGGAAACGUCGUGGUUGGGGACGAGCAUGGCGUGCAAGGCCGCUUCCAUAAAUACUUCGGCGACACUAUGAACGCGGUCUUUAACUCGCAAUCAAUGGGCAUGCGCUUCGCAGAUUUCAGAUGCAUACAGUCCACUUAUAGUGGUAUACCUGAUGUGAUCUUGAUGGAUGAAAAUCACCAGUUGAAAGUUAUUGGGGAGUUUAAGGUGCCCUGGAUUCGAGAUCACAACAUUGGGAAACACUACUACCAACGGGAUGGCUUGAGGAAGGUACUCGCCCAGCCGAUACAGUACAUGCAAGCACUAGGAUGUGUGUAUGGAUUCCUCAGCAACUACGACCAGACAAUCUUCCUCAGACAGCUCGUUGAUAACCAAGGAGUCUGGAGAAUUAAGUAUUCUCCAGUGAUCCGGGCAUCCACCGCAUACAAGAGUAGCGAUGUGAAUCCCGUUGUCUCUGUCAGGCAAUGUUUGUUCUAUGUAGGAUGUGAUGCUAUGAAUCAGGGGCUGGUUCAUAACACCACUCCUCUGUGGGUUGUUUGA